AUGGAUAAUAAUCCAAAAGUGAACGAUCUCUCUCAAAUCCUUCCUCGUGUCCUCGUCGUCUCUAGACGCACCGUUCGUAAAAACAAAUUCGUCGAUUUCGUUGGUGAAUAUCAUCUUGAUUUGAUAGUGCGUUAUGGAUGUGUACCAGUGAUUGUUCCACGAGUUACUGGUGUUCAUUUGUUGCUUGAGAGUUUUAAACCAAUCCAUGGAGUCUUACUUUGUGAAGGAGAAGAUAUUGAUCCUUCUCUAUAUGAAUCUGAAAUAUCUUCUCUUUCACCAGAAGAGUUACAAGAAAUCAGAGAAACUCAUGCUAGUGAUACAGCUAUUGAUAAAGAGAAAGAUUCCAUUGAGUUAGGUCUUGCUAAGCUUUGUCUUGAACAGAACAUUCCUUACUUAGGAAUCUGCAGAGGAUCACAAAUUUUGAAUGUAGCUUGUGGUGGGACUCUUUAUCUUGAUUUAGAGAAAGAGCUUACGAAUAAGUUACCGGAAGAACGUAGAACGAAACAUAUAGAUUAUGAUGAUUAUGAUGGACAUAGACAUGUUGUGAGGAUUGUUGAGAAUAGUCCACUUCAUUCAUGGUUUAAGGACUCGUUGGACGGAGAAAAUAUGGAGAUUUUGGUAAAUAGUUAUCAUCAUCAAGGCGUUAAGAGAUUGGCACAAAGAUUUGUGCCAAUGGCGUUUGCUUCUGAUGGAUUAAUGGAAGGGUUUUACGAUCCGGAUGCUUAUAAUCCUGAAGAAGGGAAGUUUAUAAUGGGUUUGCAGUUUCAUCCAGAGAGAAUGAGAUCACACGAUCUCGAUGAGUUUGAUUAUCCUGGUUGUCCUGCUGCAUAUCAGGAAUUUGCAAAGGCGGUGAUUGCAUAUCAGAAGAAGCUGAAUAGCUCAAUGUCUGUUCCAAAGACAUUAGAGCUUGAUAGAGAAAUGGAGAAUAAAAGAAAGAUACUUGUUCGAAGUUUUUCACUUGCGAGGAAUAUGUAUACUAGAGGAGAACCUGGCAAGAACCCAUCAAAACAAUCAGAGCUCGAAGUUGGAGCCGAGUUUCUCAAGAUAUUCUUGCGUGUGGUGUUGGGUUUUGCAGUCCAACACGGCGCUAAGUGUGGAGCAAGAGACGAGGCUGAAGGAGAUGGGAGCGACGAGCUUAUGGCAUUUUACCAUUUGAUGGGAAAUAUCUGUGGAGAAGUUUUGGAGAGAAAGCUUCAUGGUAAUGUUAAUGAGUGCUUCAAAGAUCUGUAA